CUAUAUUGUACAAUAUACUCGGUCAAAUGAAAAUCAAUCAUUUAUAGGGUGUAUAUAUGGUAUAUCUUCAUUAUUCUUGAAAGUGUUCAUUAAUUCAAUGUUUAUUUGUAAUUGGGUAAUUAACAAUGAGGAACAGUAUAGUUUAGGUAUUUAUAUGUACGUAUAUGUAUAUAUAUUGAGUAAUUGUUUAAUCUACCUUUUUUCUGUCACUAUGUCUGUGUAUAAUUCACCUUUUUUAUGUAUAGAUCACUUGAAUAUAAUUUAACGCACACACACACACACCUAUAUAUAUAUCUCACAAACACAUAUUUGCAUGUACUCAUAUACAUAGUAGAAUAGUGUACAACGUACAUACGACAAAUUCUUAGUACAGUGAAUCUUGUCUAAACUAUUGCAAAAUAAUUAUCUUUUUUUUUGUUGUUGAAAUAACAACCAUAAAUGAAUAACUCUGAAAUCAUUAAAGCAAAUGAUGACAUAACAACAAUGAAACAUAAAAAACAUGGAAAAUUCAGUCGUUUUCUUUCACAUUUUAAACAGAAAUCACAUUAUGAUCAAGAAUCAAAAAUGAAAGUAGUCAUACCUCCACCAACACUACCAAUAUCUUCUAUAAAUCCUGAAUCGUUAGAAACUAUAUCUUCUAUAAAUUCUCAUUCACAUGGUUGUUCAACAAUUUCAAAUUGGUUUACUGGUAAAGGUAAAGAGAAUGUUCAUGAUAAACGAUCAAUUGUAAAACGGAGAAAAUAUAAAGAAAUUCAAGGAACUGUAAUAUUUGAUCAAACAACCAGUUCUGAUGUAUAUGAUAGAAUUUUAAAAAACAGUAUAUUGGGUACAAGACUAGUGAAAAAAGCCGUUAUAUGCAAUCGUCGAUCAGGUGCAAUAAAUGCUUAUGGACCAGAGGAUUUUACACCAUCUAUUGAACAAAUUAAUAAAUUUAUGAUAUUAUCACAGGCUGAACGAGCAGAUCGUGCAAUAAUAGAUAGGCACUUUGAAAUAGCUAUGGAUUCUUGUUUGUAUAAAGAUGUAGAUGAUGAAACUGGUAUACUUCUAGCUGAUGUAGUACAAUAUUAUACAAGACCAAAUACAAAUGAAUAUAAUGUUGGCAAAUAUGAAUUAUGUGGUCUAUUAACAAAAAAUUCCCUAUUAAUUGCAAUCUAUGAAAUUGGUAAUCGAACUAAUGAUGCAAAACAAUUAUUAAUUGAAAUGAGAGAUUAUUUCGAUGCUCAAGGAAUGUAAUUAAUUUAAUUCUAUGUUGUUCUUUUUUCACUUUUCUUGACCAGUAUUAUUACUUUCUGUAAUGGCUUUUAAUUCCCUAAAUUUUGAACUUUGGUUAAUGGAUAAUUUCAUCAACGGUUGCAUUCUGCUAUCCACAUUUAUUUAUGCUUUAUAUUUUACCUGCUUACAAUUGAACUUCCAAUUGUUGAUUGUUCAUUUUGCAUACAAUUAUCUGAUAUUCACUUUCAAAUGGAUUAUAUUUGGGAUUUGGUUAAAAAAAAAAGACUCCCUUUUUUAUACUGUACAUUUUUUUGGAUUUUACUUUAUUACAGUACAUAUUAUAAAAAUAUUCUGUACACCCAAAAA